AUGGGGAGAAGUGUCCGUGUUCUGACCUUAGCAACCAAGGGAGGGUUAAAGACAGAGAACUCCAGCACCAAUGAGCUUCUGGUUUAUACGACGCCGUCGGGUCUCGACUUUCGAGCAACGUUUCAACUGCGAGUUACCCGCGCCUCUUCCGGGAAUGGGAUCGCUUAUAGCGUGAUUCAAUCUAUGACCUUGGGUGAGAACAACUGGGACAUGUGGGCUUUUGAAGAAACGGGGUUCAACGAAACGCUGGAACCUACUUCACACGAGAUUUUGCACCCUCUUCUCGUGGUGCACAUCGAGUUGGGCCCAACCCGCGACAUCGCCAUAAGGCCUUCCCGAGCCAGGGAUGCAACGUUCACAGUUUUACUCGGGUCCCUUGCGCGCCGCGCAUGCUUGAUAUGCGUUGCGGUGGCAUUGAGGGGCGAUGUGCACGAGAAGCACGAAAAGGCAAUCGGGACCGUUGCACUGCAAGGAGUUGACGGAUUGCGACCCACGCGAGCGAGGGACGAUGCUGCCCUUAGAGAGGCGCCCGUUGGGAUGGAACGGGGAUAUCUAGGUGUUAAAAUCUUCAAACGGGAAAUGACGACGGUGAACUUGAAUAUAUGGGCUGAGAUCAUUCCUGCACAAAGACCUGCUUUCCCCAAGAGGAGAUCGUCGACAGAGGAAUAA